GGUUUUUGUAGGUUGUCUGGCAACACUUGACCUGGCAGCUCUGAUUGUUAACCUACACUUCUGAUCGUAAGUUAACAACAAAUAUAAAUUAAAUAGGGACCAGAAAUGGGAGCCUACACAUCUAUAAAUGUAGCUACAACAUUUUUUGAAGAUGAUAAAAGUAAUAAACCAACCGCUGUUCAUCUUGAAACUCCAAUGCAUCUGGAAGUUAAUCGUGAGGUAUCCAAACGAGUAACUGAUGAAGGAAUUAAACUAAUGCCUGGAGGUGAUACACUUAGUAUUUCAAAUAAAUGUCCUACUCACCAGAUAGGAGAUGGAAAAGGUAUUGCUGGCAAACUUCGCAUGGUCGAUGAUAGUGAAAACUUCAACAAAGAUAAGAGCAAUUCAUUACUUGCUGUUGACUCUUUUCUGAACAAAGAAGAAGGUAGAAGUAGUACAGUUAAAGCAUCUGCUGAAGUACAGUCUACUCGUGAGCAGGUCACACCUUUGGCAGGCACUGUGCCCAGUGACUGUCCAUUACGUGCAACAACUAAAAAUUCACAAUUUAUCUUUAAUGAUACAGCUGUUGAACAGAAGAACAAAAGCAUGCCUUCAUUUGAGAAACCAUCUGCUCCUAUGAAAAAGCCAGAGUCCUCUUCCUCUGUAUUUAAGCAAGAUUUUGAUUAUAGUUCACUGCCUUCUGAGUGUCCAAUGAGUAAUUCCAAACAAUUCUCAAAAAAAGAUCAAGACGAAGCAAAGCCACCAGAAUUCAAUAAAGAUAAUAUGAUGCUUGCACCAAACCAGCUUCCUGCUCCAGAUCAACCAUUCCCUUUACCAACAGAAAGAAUAUUAUCUUCCAUCCCUAAAGCUGGAACUGAAGAAAAUUGGGUAUAUCCAUCCCCACAAAUGUUUUGGAAUGCAAUGCUCAGAAAAGGCUGGCGGUGGAAAGAAGAUGAUCUUUCUCCUAAAGAUAUGGAUAACAUUAUUAAUAUCCAUAAUGCUAACAAUGAACUUGCCUGGCAAGAAGUUCUCAAGUGGGAAGCCCUUCAUGCAGAUGAAUGCAUGAACCCAAAAUUGAAGAGAUUUGCUGGAAAUGCUACAAAGUAUUCACCUAGGGCUAGGAUUAGGUCAUGGAUGGGAUAUGAGUUGCCCUUUGAUCGUCAUGACUGGAUAGUGGAUCGCAAUGGCAAAGAAGUACGCUAUGUCAUUGACUAUUAUGAUGGAGGUAAGGUAAACAAGGACUUUGAAUUUGCACUACUGGAUGUCAGGCCAGCUUUAGACUCCUUUGAAGCUUUUAAAGAUAGAAUGAAAGUUGCUUUCUGGCGCUGGACCUCAAAGGAAGAAACCCCUGCACCUGUAUCUAAUACCAAGCCUUGUAAUGCCUCUGCCGGCCCUGAUGCAGCUACCAAGGAUGCUAAAAGCUCUCGGAAUAUGUCACGUGGUCUCAGCGAUAUUCAAAAGGAGGAAGACAAAAAAAAUUCUGUCAGCUGAGAUGUGUGGGAUAAUUAGAGAGACUUAGAAAGGCCUUGAAAUUACAGUCAAAAUCUAGAAUAAAUAAAACAUAAAAGCAGUUUUAUCCUCUUCUCUACUACUAAGUCUAAAAAAUAAUUUGAUUUUGUCAAUGCUACUAAAUUAAAUUUUUUUUUUUUUCAGUUUUCACUUUAAAUGCCUUUGUAAAAUUUUAUAAAUUGCUGAAAUUUGUUUACACUUUAUUUUUUAUUUAGGAAACGAUCAUGUAAUGUUUUCCAGAUACCUUUUUCCAAUAGUUUGUAAAUACAAAAAAUAUGAGGUCAGUUUGUGAUAUGAUCUUGGUCUAUUUAUCAACACAUGUACCUGAUCUACGAUGUUAGUUAUUUUUUAAAAACAAGAAUAAACUUCAAAAACC